GCUGCCAGAAUUGUGCAAUAAAACUUGUAGUUCCCAAAGCGGCUCGCAAUAAAAGUUGUUAUUUACGUUAAAUUAUUCAUUAACACAGGGCGCCGCUAAAUUGUAAUUUUGUGCAUAAAAACGUGCAAUCAAUUUAAAAGCUCUAAACGCACCUGCUACAGCUUUUCUAUUCUCUUUUUUUUCUUCCUCGCGGUGUAUAUAUAUUUUUUGUUCCAUCGUGAUAAGAAUCGGUAAUGAGGCUACUGAAGUUUUUACUGCGUUACUUUCCACCAGGUAUUGCACUCGAGUACACACAGGGUGGUGAUAUUAAAACUAAGAUGAUUGACCUUUUGGAUCUAACCGCAAAAACGGAUAUUAAAGCUUUGGCACGGAGUAUAAAGGAUGCUGAGCCGGUUAUAACGGAGAGUGUGAUGGAUCAGCUGGAGGAGACACUGCAGAGGCUUCAGAGUAAAGUAUGCGACACGAGUGUAAAGCGUUAUUACAAAUAUAAGACACUGCAGACUCAUCUUCUACCGCUGACUAACAUUGGCUUUGAUAAAUUAGGUAAAAGAUGCCUGACGGGCAGCUAUGACCGAACUUGUAAAGUUUGGGACAUUGACAGUGGAAAGGAGCUUCUUACUCUCCAAGGCCACAAAAACGUAGUCUAUGCCGUGUCCUUCAACAACCCGACUUCUGAUAAAAUCGUGACUGGAUCAUUCGACAAAACAGCGAGUGUCUGGUGCUCACGAACUGGCAAUUGUCUUGUAACACUUUGGGGCCACGAUGCCGAGGUAGUUGUGGUGAGAUUCUCACCGAUUAACCACAACAGAGUUGCCACUGGAUCCAUGGAUGGAAGUGGAAAAAUUUUUCAUACAGAAUCCGGUCAGCAGUUGGGUACGUUGAAGGGCCAUAGAGGUGAAGUUAUAGCGCUCCAAUAUAAUGACGAUGGCAAUCAAAUAAUAACUGGGUCGUUCGAUGGGAGUAUUGGUAUUUGGGACACUAGGACUUACACACGCACGAGUGCUUUAAUCGGUCACGAUGCUAAAAUAUCAAACUGCAUAUUCAGCUUCGACUGCUCGAUAAUAGCAUCAUCGUCUUUAGACAAUACUGCCAGAAUUUGGGAUGCCAGAAUGAACACAUGUCUCGCCACCGUAACGGGCCAUGAGGACGAAGUUUUGGAUGUGGCGCUUGAUAACCGAGGGUCAAGACUGGCCACUGCUAGCAGCGAUGCAACCGCCCGGCUGUGGGACAUUACUGGUGAAUUUAAAGAGAUUGCUGUACUCGAAGGCCACCACGAGGAAGUAUCAAAAAUUUGUUUCAGUCCAAAUGGUCAUCAAUUGCUGACCUCAUCCUUGGACAGAACCGCGCGUCUAUGGUCAACCGAGUCCGGACGAUGUUUGCAGACACUGGCUGGACAUACCGACGACGUUUUCAGUUGUGCUUUCUCGUACAAUGGUGACACCAUUGUCACAGCCAGCAAAGACAAUACAUGCACCAUCUGGAGGUGACUCGACUGGUUUCAAGUGCUGCCCUAGCUCCUAUUGAUCGUUCUCUUUAUCAGUUACGUUGUUUAUUUUUUUGUUCUUUAAAAUGUCUUCCGUUAUGAAUCUGUAUUGGACUGAAAUGAUUUUUGAAUCGAGACGAUUUGAAUUUGAUGUGUUAAGUGCUAAAUCCCAGUGUGGGAUUAGGCUAUAGGAUGAACAGUUAACUGUCCAUGAAAUUUAAUUUUCGUUUUUACCGUGUUCAUUCGCUUAUUCCCCCCAAUUACAAGCUGAAUAAUUAAAAAUUGCUGUAGAAACGCUGUCGCCUUUUCCGUUUUCCAGAGCAACUAUUAUAUUAAAAUCGUGGUAAAGUGAAAAAUUAAUUUGAUGUGUAUAAUGGAGAUGGAAGAAAAUGGAGGGAUUUAAAGGACUUGAAUUUCCCCAGAGAACUUAAUUCGAAAUUAAUCGGGCAUAUCCCUGGCUUGAUUUCAUCAUAAAAUUCAAUAGUAAAAAGUCUGAAUGCUGCAAUAGUUGAGUAAUCCAUCAUGACGUAAAUAAAGUGAUAAAUUUAGAAGAAUCCGAUUAGACUCAGUAGAUAGGAUUCCACUCGGAACUUAGCAAAACAAUGUAUCCCAGAUACCCUGAGCCAACAAUACGUGAAUUAUUUCCCAACAUGCCUCACUUACAUCAAUCACACCAAUGCAAUAAGAUUUGUUAUACACCGACUCGCGAUUAAAAUAAUGUGAACAGAAUUUCGCUGGGCAAUAAUGAGACUGCAAGACAUUUCUAGAAUGCACAUUUAUGACUGUUUAUCUCCGAUGGUGUGACACAGUGGGGUCAGAUGAUAAACUAGAACCCCAGCAGAUCGAAGUGUCCACUACCCCCUGAAGUGAUGUAGGAAUGUUAUUGAAGGCUCUUGCGUGCAUGAUAAACACUGAGCCCAUGGGUUGAACGGCAAAGCCACUAUUCAGGUGCAUAACAAAUGGCUUGUAAAUAAAUACAGUACAAUCAGAUUUCUAUGUACCAUCGAUGCAAACAAGAUCCCUUUAUGUCAAACUACGAGAUGAUCAUUUAUCCACGAUAUUGAUAAUAAUCAUGUUAUACCCGUUGGGUUGAGACACAUUAAGUGAUGAAACUCCGUGAUUUAUGGAGCCCUCGUUGUCGAUGUAAAGGUGAUAGUGGAGAAAGUUGGGUGAGGGAUGUAAUGGGGUGCAUUCUGUGAAAUCACAUUAAAACUACAUCUAUCGGUUUUGAUGGAGUCGUCAACUUUCAAUGUGAAUAAUUACACGUAUAUUAAAUUAUGAUACUAUGAGAUAAUGAAUUUUUUGUGGGCCCUAUGCAUUCGUUGACUUUUUAAGACGCUUUUACAUGCGUUAAAAAUGUUAUUGUGAACCGAAUUUUAUCGUUCAUCAUAGUCAAAUGGAAAUGUCCAGUCACCAUGAAAAUAUCUUCGGGUGGAAAAAUGUUUUACGUACGUCCGGUUGGAUUUUGGGUUAAUAGGAAAUACCGUGUGCUAUCAGUGCAUUCUCUGGUACUGUGUUGGGCGCGUAGAGCCACCAAAACGUGACACUCAGCGGAAAUCAAACGGCUUAUCUGGCCUUGAACUUUCGAUCGUCGUUGGAUUAUUCGGAACAAUCUCCUGGUACUGGCUAUUUAUCAAUCAAAUCGAACAUAAAUUCAACACUCAAAUUUCAAUUACAUUACAAUGGAAUAGUUACUAUCGUCUCGGAUCUAUGAAUAAUUUGCUACGAUGAAAUUCAUAAAUGGUGGAAUUUUAAGGGGUGUUGCAAUAUGUUGUAGGGGAUUUAUCGUUUAAUGAGGAUAAGUAAUGGCAUAAUUCAAGUUAAUCUCCUCGGGUGUUUUCAUUUCAUAGUGCGUGCAUGACUACGUCAUAAGUGUGCAAAAUAUAUUAAUGAGCGUUGCGUAAUGAUGAAUAAAUCAUUCUAGAUACUAAACCAGUAGCGAAGUGGGAAAGGGAACUUUAUUAGACUGGUUACCUGGUGCUUUCAUUAAAAAUCAGGGGGACAAAUUACCUCAGCAAUUCAGCUGUAUUUCCUGAAGACAGAGAUAAAACAUUUGAACUCAAGUUUUUUCUAAUGUGGAACUAAAUAAUUCCAAGCGAAUUUAUCAAUUGAGGUAUUGUAAUGUUUCAACAUCCCACGUUUCCUCAUCGAGUUUUCCGUGAUGUCUGGAAUUUUAUGAUUUUUUUUUUACCGGUAAAUCCUAUUCCAUGACCUUCUCGUGGCCUUCCUCAUGCAAUGGUCCAUGGAACUUAUUGCGUCCGACCGAAGCCAUUUAAAGUGCACUAUUUUUACAUUCUCUAUUUGCUUCCGAUCGUAAACAUUGUCCAUCAAUCGAAAAACUCAACGAAAACCAAUCUGCUUAGCACGCCCCGUUAAUGAGACGUAUCAGUAUUCUUGCGUAAUUAUCCUCUCUCAUUUAAAACGGUCCAGUGAAGAUUAACGCAUAGCUUUCUCACCGUAAGUACAUCGACCGGGGGAAGGAGGCCCGUA